UCCUCCAGUCGGAAGCCCCGCCCUACGACCCGUCUUCUCGAGCUGCCGGUCGCCUCGCCUCGGAUCCCCGCAAUGGCUACUCCUCGGACCCGCAGCACCCACCGGAGGACCGGCCCAGCACCCACCGGAGGACCGGGUCAGGCCACGCACUGAGCCGAUGAUCGGAGCACCGGGCCGGAGAGACAGAGAGCCACGGGAGGAGCGAGAGGAAGAAGAGGAGUGGAUGUAAGGAGGAGGAAGAGGAGGAGGAAUCGAGUCUAUUUCUGUCCAGAGGAGAGCAGCGGCCGCCAUGUUGACCAAGAAGCCAAGCGCCUCGGUCCUUCCGACGGGUAAAGGUGGAGAGUCAGGUCAUCUCCAACGUGGGGCAACAUCCAGUCAGACAGGAUCUCCCCUCUCCCUACCCCCGCUCCCUACGGGUGGUCCAAAGGCAGCCAUGUCGGACCAGCUCUACGAGGAGAACAGCAACAAGCGACAGGUUCUGACCUCACAACCCAACGGACUGGCUGCUCUGACAUCAAGGCCCGACCGCCAAUCAUCUUCAGAUCCCGCCCACGCUCGGCAGGGCAGUGGGGCAACGGUCAAAUCAGCCGACAGCAAGAGCAAGGCUCCGCCCCUCAGCCCAGAGCAGGCCAUGAGGCAAUUCAUGUCCAAGCUGUCGGCCUUCGAGCACCAUGAGGUGUUCAACUAUCCCGAAGUCUAUUUCAUUGGACCGGGUGCUAAGAAGCGUGCGGGGGUGAUGGGCGGAGCCAACAACAGCGGCUACGAUGACGACCAGGGCUCCUACAUCCACGUCCCCCACGACCACGUCGCGUACCGCUACGAGGUCCUCAAGGUCAUCGGGAAGGGCAGCUUCGGACAGGUGGUCAAGGUGUUUGACCAUAAGUGCCAUGCCCACGUGGCGCUGAAGAUGGUGCGUAACGAAAAGCGGUUCCACCGCCAGGCGGCGGAGGAGAUCCGCAUCCUGGAGCACCUCCGCAAGCAGGACCACGACUCGACCAUGAACGUCAUCCACAUGCUGGAGCACUUCACCUUCAGGAACCACAUCUGCAUGACCUUUGAGCUGCUGAGCAUGAACCUGUACGAGCUCAUCAAGAAGAACAAGUUCCAGGGCUUCAGCCUGCCGCUGGUCAGGAAGUUCGCCCACUCCAUCCUGCAGUGUCUGGACUCACUGCACAGGAACCACAUCAUCCACUGCGACCUGAAGCCUGAGAACAUCCUGCUGAAACAGCAGGGCCGCAGCGGCAUCAAGGUGAUUGAUUUUGGCUCAAGCUGUUACGAACACCAGAGAGUUUACACCUACAUCCAGUCCAGGUUUUACCGCGCUCCAGAAGUCAUUCUGGGCUCCCGCUACGGGAUGCCCAUCGACAUGUGGUCCCUGGGCUGCAUCCUGGCGGAGCUGCUGACCGGGUACCCCCUGCUUCCCGGGGAGGACGAAGCCGACCAGCUGGCCUGCAUCAUGGAGCUCCUGGGCAUGCCCGCCCAGAAGCUGCUGGACGCCUCCAAGAGGGCCAAGAACUUUGUGUCGUCUAAGGGCUACCCGCGCUACUGCGUGGUGAGCACGCUGGCGGACGGGACGGCCUCGCUCGGCGCCGGCCGCUCGCGGCGGGGUAAGGCCCGCGGCCCGCCGGCCAGCAAGGACUGGAGCGUCGCCCUGAGGGGCUGCGACGACCCUCUCUUCCUGGACUUCCUGAAGCAGUGCCUGGAGUGGGACCCGGCCAUCCGCAUGAGCCCCAGCCAGGCCUUGAGACACCCCUGGCUCCGGAGACGCCUCCCCCGGCCUCCCACCACCACCUCCUCCUCCUCCUCCACCACCAAGAGGAGCACAGACAGCACCGUCACCUCUGUCUCCAAGCUGACCCCCUCCACCUCCACCCUCUCCUCCUCCUCUAAGACCAUAGCUCCCUCCUCCUCCACCCUCUCCUCCUCCUCUAAGACCAGAACUAACCUAGCCGUCAUCACAGACGCUAACGGAAACAUUCAGCAUAGGACAGUUCUGCCCAAACUGGUGAGCUGAGGGCGGAGCCAACAGGAGGUGGAGCAUCAGGGAGUGAGUGGAGGUGUGUUUACCUGUCGGGGGAUAUCCUACAAGAACAGCUUUCAGGCUGCUAGCCUGGUGAGCCUGUUAGCCUGUUAGCCUGGGCUAUAUGGAACCACCGUUAGCCUGUUAGGACACCACACUGCACUGUAGCUCAGUGUAACACACAUACACACACACCCACACACACACAAUUUAACUAAGAUGUAUAUGGUGCUGAUGAAGGGAACACUAUUUUUAUGUUUUCAGCAGCGAUACACACACACCAUCUGAGAUGAACUGUUGAGAAGCUAGCAGUGUUGUUCUAGCUUGAAGCUGCUCGUGUUGUGCCUGUUAACUGACUGUUAGCCAGUUAAGAAGGGAAAAGCCAACAAGUUACUGUUGGUUAGUUAUUUUUACUACCUGUUUUUACUUUACCUGGUGGCUAAUUGAUUUGUUAGCUAUAACAUUUAGCUAUCAACUUACUAGCUUUUAGCCAUCCCGUGACAAUUGGCUGAUAGCCGAUAUCAUUGGCAGUUAGACGUAAAGCACAACACUGCCUACCGAGCACAGGGCUCCGCCCACUGAUCACAGGGCUCCACCCACCUGAAGUCCUCCUUUAGACACGCCCACCUGGUGGGCCAUACCAUCGCCUAAUAGGACGAAACCAUCAACAAGAGGUGAAUGCUCUGCUUCAGGUCCUAAGAGGGUUCCGCCACCGGUAGCGGGUAAACCCCUGGUGAGCCAGGUAGCUGUUGAACCCCUGGUGAAACCCAGGUAGUAAGUGAACCCUGGUGAACCAGGUAGCUUGUGAACCAGACAGCUGGUGAACGAGGUAUCUUGUGAACACCUGGUGAACCAGGUAGUCGUGAACCCCUGGUGAACCAGGUAGCCGGUGAAGCCUAGGUAGCCGGUGAAGCCCAGGUAGCUGGUGAACCCCUGGUGAACCAGGUAGCUGGUGAACCAGGUAGUCGUGAACCCCUGGUGAACCAGGUAGCCGGUGAAGACCAGGUAGCCGGUGAAGCCCAGGUAGCCGGUGAAGACCAGGUAGCUGGUGAACCAGGUAGCUUGUGAAGCAGAUAACUGGUGAACCCCUGGUAAACAAGAUAGCUGGUGGACCCUAGUGAACCCAGGUAGCUGGUGAACCCUGUUGAACCAGGUAGUCGGGGAACCCCUGGUGAACCAGGUAUCCGGUGGAAACCAGGUAGCUGGUGAACCAGGUAGCCGGUGAACACCAGGUAGCUGGUGAACCAGUUAGCUGAUCAACCCCAGGUAGCAGCCUUUAUUCAGGUCCUCAGCCUCAAACCUCCCAAAGAAAUGUAGGACUUGUAGGACUUUGUGUUCACUCUUGACUAGCACCACGUAUGAUGUGAUAAUAAUGAGAAUAUGAAAACAUGUCUGCUAGCAGAGUAACGUGAGGGACGCCACGAUGCCUAUGAUCUUACAUUCCACUGGAGACUACAUCUAAUCCCAGCUCAUCAUCUAGCUCUAGAUCAUUAAGACCCGGUUCUAGCUAAGCUCUACGUUUAUACAUAUCAUCCAUUCAGCCAGAGAUAGAAGUCCACACAGAGACCGGGGUCUGGGUCUACUGACCCCCAAGCCAGUAGACAGGUUAGCCUAAAGACAGGUAAAGAAAUAGACAGGUAAAGAGAAGGGUGAAGACAGACCAGUGGAGACGGACAGGUAAAGACAUAUGCUGUGUUCCUAUAUCCAUGCUUCCAUGAGUACACUUAAGCGUAGUACACUAUCCGCACUCACUAAGUGAGCUGAUUUUCAGAUGUCAGUUCCAAAUCGAAUACUCCGUGGCGCACUAACCGGAAAAUAAGAUCACGACUUCCGGCACCUCCCCCGCAAUAAACAUCCCGCUUUGAACGAUGAACUCUUUAUGCCUAGCAGCCUGUAAGAGCUAUAAAAACUACAAAAUGACUCUAUUAAUGCAGGCUAUGUGGAAAAUGAGCCGACUUUGGCUCAACCUGGCUCCGCCCUCUUCCACUACGUAGCUAAGAUGGCUGCUGUUGAGUACGAAAAGUGUUCAUCUAUCCACACUUCGUGGUUUGACCGUUUUGAGUACACCAUCCGGGUCCUUUCAGUACACUUAUUUUCACCCGAUCUUAAUUGGAACGCUCCACGUAAUAAAACUAAGUAUAGUAAGUACGGAUAGUAUGGAUAUCGGAACACAGCAAUGGACAGGAAAAGAUUUAGACAGGUAAAUACAAGACGGGUGAAGACAGACUGGUGGAGACAGACAGGUAAAGACAUAGACAGGUCAAGACAGAAGGGUGAAAGCUGCAGGUGUAGAGGGGUCGGGGUAGACCACCUCCAGAUGGGCCGGGGGAACAGAAGAUGAAGAAUAUAAAUGACCCUCAGUUCUCCACAUCCUGAUACGAGGUCAGGUGUGUGUGUUUGUUGUGUUUGUGUGCGAGCGAGAGCAUGACUGAAGUCUGUCAUCUUUAUCUCUAGAAAUAGAACCAUCAAAACAAACUGCCAUGAGGACGCCUCAAACACAGUUGCUAUGACGAUGGGGUGGGACCUCCUGUUGAGAAGGAUAUCAUGUGACCUGUGACCCCAGCCUAUGACAUCAUGAAUGCAGAUUAUUAAAAUAUUUAAGUUUGGAUUCAGACCUUAGUAUUUCUGUUUGUAUAUGAAUGAAUAAAGAUUCUGACAAAUUUUAGCUAUGUA